AUGGCAGUAUUUUGUGAAAUCGAUGAUGUAUUACACCAAAUCAGAUAUAAAACACAGAUAUUCUAUGAAUCUUUAAAGAGAGACAGCAUUGCAGAGCAAUUGUACAAUUUUUCCAAUGACGACGCAACCAACGAUCAGAGUAUUCCAUACAGUAAGAGUUUAGAGAAAGAUUAUAGUAGUUUGAUCUACGUUGUAAAUAAGACUCCUACCAACACCAGUGGAACACAUUCACCUGUAUCAAUAACACUUUCACCUCAACAAACAAAUAAUAAUAAUAAUACAACAAACAAUACCACAAAUAAUAAUAAUAACAACACACAAACAAACUCGACAACAUCAACCAAUACAACAACUUCAGAUGUAUCAUCAAAUGCUGUAAAAUCAACAACCAACUCUAGCUCGUCCAAUGCAUCAACUGCAAACUCACAGCCACCACAAGAUGCUAAUAAACCACAAUGUAAAAUAGUUACUUUCUCUGCUUCACAAUCAAGUAAACCAAAAGAUAUUAAAAAUCUAAAUAAUAAUAAUAAUAAUAACAAUACUAAUAAUAAUAAUAAAAAUACAACAAAUAGUAAUAACAAUAACAACAAUAAUAAUAAUAAUAAUAAUAAUAAUAAUAAUAAUAAUAAUAAUAAUAAUAAUAAUAAUAAUACUAAUAAUCAAGUACAACAACAACCACAAGCAAAUGAACCAGUAUUCUUAUUUGUUAAAGAAUCAUUAACUAAAUCGCAAACCAAUCAAAACUCAUCAGAUUCAUUAUUAACAAAGUUAGUACGACCAAAUGAUACUGAGAAAGAUCUAUUUUCAGAAUAUGGCGAAGUUAUUCCACCACCAGGUAUGGGUAUGUUAUUAUCAGUACAUACCGGUGUAAGCAUUGGUAUGUUAAAGGUCAGAGUUAUAGAUAAAGCAACAGUCAUUCAAACGAUAGCAGCUACAUUGAAGACCUAUUUCUCACAGCAACAAUCGACAAACUCACUGAGCAGCAGCGGCGGCAGUAACAGUAGUAGCUCCAGUCUUGGUAGUGCUUCACUGUUGUAUCCAGACCCAAAGGCGUAUUUCCUGAGAAUUGCAGACGACGACGGUAGAAUUGACGAGGAUUAUCCAACACUCGAUCCAAAUCAGAUGAUCUACAAGUUCAAAGAGGAGAUCUUUGUGCUCUGCCUCAAUCAGAAAUACGAAGCAGAGAGACGUGCAUCGUGGGGAGUACAUCCAGCCAAGACAACAACGCUCUCACCCAACGAUCACAAAGGACAUAUCCGAAGAGUCAGUGUUGGUACUUCCGACUCAAUCUCUGUUGUUAAGAUUACUCUACCCGAUUCCAGUAUCACCAAAGUUGCAUAUCAACCAGACAUGAAGCUGAAGGAUUUGCUGAUCAACACCUGUAAGAAGAGAAAAUUAAAUUUUGCAGAACAUCAAUUCCAACUGGAGAAUGGUUCGAUCGUCGACCUAAGAGUGACUCUUGAACAACUUGGCACACUCGAUAUCAUUCUUGUAUCGACUUUAAGAAGGUCAAUGUCAGGUGAUGGUGCCAUUCUGAUGGGAGAUGACACCUCUUCAGUCGAUGAUGAAAUAUUUUGGUAUGAUGCUCUCGCUUGGCAGUAUAAAACAUAUGAAGUGGUUAAAUAUAAGAAAUAUGGCUCCAAACAAGAGAGAAUACUAGGUGUCGAUAAGGAACGUAUCACAAACAUGUUACCAAAUCUUAAAAAAGAACAAGAAACAAAAAGACCAACAAGACUAAUAAAAGAUGUUUCCAAAGUUUCAUUGUUGGACAAACCCAAACAAUUUACUCUGGAGUAUGCUGAUGGUAAAACAUAUAUAUACGAAGCAAAAUCUCAACAUCUAGCUGCUGAAAUAGUUGGCAAAAUUCAAUAUCUAUUAAAAUCAACACACAUAUAA